UGACGGUGUUCAAUGUCGCGAAGUCGUCGACUGUCUUAAACGAGUGGACGGUCGUGAGACAUCGCUGCCUUUCAACCGGCAGGAACAUGAAAUCGAAACCCGACCACAUCUCCGAGAACGCCGCAAAUUUGCCCACGUGUCGUAGACAUCGAAAUCCGGACCGUGUCCAAACGACGCCGAGCCAUCGACAACGAUAAUGAGCCAAUUGAUUACGUCGCCCCAACCGUCAGAAAACGAAGAGUCAAGAAGCGCUAUAGAAAAAAGUGCGAUGUCGAGCGCAGGAACUAGGUGUAACUCCGCAGCUCAAAAAAAUAGAACUCUGACCAAUCAGUCUGGACGUAGUUCGAUCGCUGGAGAUUCCACAAGUAAUACCACGGAAGAUGCUUCCAUCAGUAAUAAAUCGCAGAGUAAUUCCGCUCGACGUACGCCAGGAAAAUCAUCAGUCAGUCCAAUUUCGCACAAGAGGCCCACAUCCAGUCUGCCAGCUGGAUCGACGCUUAGACCCGAAAAUCAAUAUGCAGUGAAAAAGAAACGUUACUUGCUACUAAAGAAGGAGUUGACGGACAAACAGAAAACCGCGCAAGAUCUGUACAACGAUAUGUCUCAGCUCCGUGAGAAACUAAUCACCAGUGGUGCGAAAGAUCCGGGCAAAGUAGAAACUCUGAAACUGGAGGUUGGAUCGAGCAAACAUUUUCCAGCAACUGAAGCAAGUUACAAGGAGGCGGCAGACGUUCACGCCGAGAAACUCUCCGUCGGCAAAGAAAUGCUCGAAUCCUUGGAGGAUCGAUUACGAGAGAUCCCGAAGAAGUUGCGAAACCUUUGCCAGGACCUGUUGGACAAACAGUCGAUCUUCGUGGCUUUCGUGACGUCGCAACUGAUCAAAGCCAGCUCGGAAGGGAACGACCCGGAUCGCACGAACUCGGAAGUGACCAUGCAGCUCGAGAUUCACCAAAGAGAUUACGACGCUCUUAGGUCGCAUAUGAACGAAAUACAGGAGAUCGAGGAGAAGUCGAUCGCCGAGUUAACGAGGAACGUGCAGCAUCUAAUCGACGAGUAUGAGCAUUCCAGGGCGAAGAUAAAGGAGACGAACGCGGCGGAAGCGCAGAGAGAACUGCAAACGCAAUUAAAUGCUACGGUGGAGGAGCUGCAGACGGAAAAAGAGAAGAAUAAUCAAAAUAAAGAACGUCUUCGACAGACUGAGUCGCAAUUGCAGAAAGCACGUACGAAGAUCAAGGAGAUGGAGACGCACAUGGCAAACGAUAAGGAAAAGAUUCAGCAGCUGCAAGGCAACGUGAAGACCAUAGAAGGUCAAAUGAAGCAGAAGGAUUUGGCGAUAGAGGGUAGGAUGAAAGACAUGCAGAAGACGAUGAGGAGCAGCGAGGAUCUGGUCGCUAAGGUGGAGAAGCAGAGGGAUAGCUUCGAAGCACGGUUGAUGGAGCUUAAAGAGAAGAUGAACAGCAAGGAAAACGAAGCGAUAAAUACGAUCAAGGAACUAUCUGAAAGGCUGAAAGCGGUUACUACCGAUCUUGGGAUCGAAAAGGAGAAGAGGCAACAAGUAAAAGACGCGUUCACAGAAUUAGAGGAGCGAUACAAGAAUCUCGAGGAGAAGAGCAAACAAUUAUGCGAGCUUGCGGAGAAGAAUAAAGAUUUCGCUAUUACAGAUGGUAGUCAUACAGAGAACGAAGUACGCCUGUUCAGCGAGUUACAGGCAACCAGAAACGAAUUGGAAGCGCAGAGGCAGAUGAUGUUGCAGCUGCAGCAAGAGAAAGAGGAAAUCAUUGCAGUGAUGCAUCAAGCGGCCUGUCGCGAGGAGGAGGAAGAUUCGAGGGAGAAAUUGGCUGCGGAAUUAGUGUUCAAAUCCAACGAAGUCCAGAAGCUGACGAUGCAGUAUUCGGAACUGAAAAAGGUUGCAAAAAACGCCCAAGAAAAAAAUGGGAUCUUAGAAAGGCAGUUGAUAGAGAUUCAAACGCGGCUGCAUUCUCAGUCCAUGGAGGGUGGAAAAGCUGGGUUAAGCGCUCAUGCGAUUGAGCUUCAACAACAGGUCUCCGAUCUUCGCAACAAUUUAGCAGAAGUAAUUCAGCAAAAGGAGGAGCUAGAAACUGUAUUGACUCAGAAGCAAUUGGAGUUGGAGCAGCGUGACCGUAUGAUGCGUGAGCAGAGCAAGUAUCUUAAAGUCAGAGACGAGUUGCUUGAUAUUUUGAAAGGAAAGGCACAGCAGGAGAAUGGAGAAUUAUCGACCAACGAUGAGAACAAUGAAUAUCUUGAGCAGAUUCACAAACAGAUAGCUGCCAAAACGGAGGCAAUCCAGGGGUUGUAUACGACUUUGGAAAACAAGCAAUUACAGAUUAUGCGUCUGGAGAAGAUGGUAAAGCUAAUGGAGGACCACCAAGAUCGAGCUCAAGCUCAACGUACGCGUUUAGAGAAUCGCAUUGCUCAACUAGAACUGGCUUUGCAAAGGAAUAAGGAACAGCGGGGUAAGGGCUUCGGCAUCCUGUAAGGAACUUUCUAAUCAUCGUCAACGUAAAUGAUCUCCAUCUUUGGUCGAUCUCUUUGUCAAAGAGAUUAUUUUAUGUUAUUAAACAUUAAGUCUUUGGUAAGCGGC